AGUCACUGCUACUAAGAUGGAUAUUUGUAUAAAAGUGCGCUCAUCUACCAUGUAUUAAAAGAGAUUUAUUUGUUUGCUCACACGAGAUCAAAAAAAGAAACAAGGCAGAAUCUAAAUACAGCAUCAGACAAUAUACGACUGCCAACCAACCAAUACCCUACGCAAGGCAACAGUACAACAACCCAAUAUGCCUAAUCAGCCACCUACCUUUGACGCAACCAUCCAGCGACUUCGACGAGAAGUGGCCCUUAUACGAUCCAAGAUCUCGUCAUUAAUCAACGAUCGCGAAGAACUGGCCGCAAGGAAGCGCUCGAUUCUUCUCAAACAGGAAAGAAAGCCACAUCCGAUGGACUGGGUAGCGCUAGAAGAUGAGCUGGACAUGAUCAAGUUUCGGUUGAGAGUCGUUCUGGAAGAGAUCGACAAGGCGUACAUUGAGCUCGCGAACAAACAGUCUGUUUUAAAUGUUGUUGAUGCCUGGGCAGGGCCGCCUGGAACCACGAGGCCGGUGUAG